AGACUAGUUUCCAGGAGAGACAGUCCCUGAGGCUCUGAAGUGGAACCCCCCUGCUCACUCGACGACAAAUUCAGCGGCUUUUCUCUGGGACUCAGCAAGGCGCACUGCCCGUGGCGACCAAAGUGCAUGCCUAGUUGCGAGAGGCUGGCCUCCGCCCAAUACGAGCCAAACAGGCAGCCGUGCGGGGACGAGAACAGAAUGACAACGGCAAACUAUUGCUAACCAAGGAGGAAUGGCGAGUAUUGGCAUCAUCAGCCCGGAGCCGGGAUUCCUCUCCCUGUGAAAUGCUUGCAGCCGAACUCAUAUAUGAGCCGUUGUCCUGGGCUGGCUACUGUCACAACAGCUGUCCUCACUUGCAUGUCCGACGAACAAAGCAAGAUAUGGCAAACGAUGAGGUUUUCAAUUUCGGCCCUGUGCCAGCUACCCCUCGAUUGAAUGUGACGGUCACAUACGAUGAGUUGAAAUCACAUCCAGAGCUCUACUUUCAGGGGGCAGAUAUGGGGUUUAUGAUCAUAGCGGCUGCUCUGGUCUUCUUCAUGAUUCCAGGGCUCUGCCUCCACUUCUCAGGUGUCUCGAAACAGGACUUUACGCUCACCUUAGUGCGUCUCCCUCUGAUAACUACUGGCGUGGUGGGAUGCGUGUGGUAUAUGUGGGGAUACACUCUCGCCUUCUCUCCCGCGAUAUACGACGCGGCUGCACUGCAGGGCGUCUCCUGGUACGGCGGAGAUACCAAAGCAAAUGCCUAUAUCGAUGUCACCGCUCGACCCGUCGGUAUACAAGGUCCUAACCCAUUAGUACUGACGGGCCCGAAAAUUCCAGAAAUGGUCUAUGUCUUUUACCAAGGCAUGUUUGCAUGUUUCACGGCAAGUCUGGUCUCUGGCGGAGCGGCAGGCAAAAGUCGUGUCGGACGCUACCUCCUUUUCAUUACCUUGUGGACUACUCUUGUUUAUUGCCCGGUUGCCAGGUGGACAUGGCACCCUCUAGGUUGGUCAAAACUCAGAGGAGCAAUGGACUUCGCCGGUGGUACUGCUGUGCAUGUCUGCUCUGGAUCUUCGGUCGCUGCACUCGCCGCCAUUUCACAGCUCAAUGCUGCAAAUUGGCAGACGACGGUCGUCCUUCGAAAACGGACGGUGAAAAUCGACUUGAAGACCUGGAAGGUCUGGAAAUGGCUGUCUGUGGAAAGACACACGACUCGUAAUCAAGUCGAAUUAAUGGUAACUCCGCCAGUGGCAGAAGUCGUUGCUAACGGACACGCUCGCGCUCCACGGCAGCAGAAUCCCCAGGAGAGGCCGCGAGCUGGCCUGGACCGCGAAAAAUCGAGUUUGCCUUAUAGCAUCAACCACACGGUCUUGGGCACUUGCUUGCUUUGGGUCGGAUGGUUUGGCUUCAACGGUGGUUCUGCUCUUGGGGCGAACCUUCGCGCGGUGUCAGCUUGUCUGGCAACUCAAGCUGCUGCAUGUGCUGGAGGCACAAUCGGAUUACUCUUUCACUGGGGACUGGGCAUCCUCGACAAGAAGUUCGAAGCCGCAAUGCUGGCCCCCUUGAUCCACAUUCCGUCAGUACAGGAGUUCUGCGAUGGAGUGAUUGCUGGGCUUGUGGCUAUUACACCAGCCGCUGGUUAUGUGCCUGUUAAAUAUGCCCCCAUCUUCGGCGUCGUCGGCGCCAUCCUCUGCAGCAUUUUGAGGAAGAUCAUGUACAUUGUAUUGCCGGCCGACAAAUUGGCAAUCUUCGCUGUCCACGCCGGUGGGGGAGCCACAGGAAUGUUACUUACUGCCUUCUUCGCAGAUGAUGCCACCACCGGUCUGGACGGGUAUUCAAGGCUGGUUGAUAAAACAAUGGGUGCUCGAUUUCGAGAUCAAGCCCUGGACAUAACGGCAUGUCUUUUCUAUUCCUUCAGCAUGACCUUCACCAUUCGGAUGGCCAUGAAAUUUGUGGAGGUCCUCUGCGGUGUCGAGACCCCUGCCCAUGAUGACAAGUACGACCAUUACCCGGAUACCUAUGAAGCCCGCCCUCAGUUCAAGCGAAGAAACUCGCUAGAAGAGGCAUGAGGCUGGCGUCUGCGUGUUAGAAUCGACAACAUAGCCGGAUGGUUUCUCGGAAGGAUCAUUGUGAGACCUAGAAAGGCCCCCCGGCCACUCUCAAGUUGGUUUUUGUAUCGCCUCGACGGAGACAACCGGGAUGUUGAGGCACAGCGACGGGGAUAAUAGUAAUAAAGGCGCAACCAUGCAGACCACGAG